UGCAAUACGCGUUGAAAUUUCAACGCCCCAAUAGAUUCCUUUCUUUCUCUCUCUCUCUCUCUAACAUCAUCUGCAACCCCGUGUCACGGAUCGGCUCUACCCACUUCUGAGUUCUGAGAGACCCACCCAUCUGUUACGUUUACAAACAUUGGGUUUUCUUUGAGGAAACAAUCAAACAAAAACAGUGAUACUUUUUUCUCAUUUUGUUGUUUUCCCCACUCUUCUUUUUUAUUGUUUGCAUUUCCCUCUCUCUAUCUAGGGUGUGAAUUUGUUCAUUGUGUGAUGUGGGGUUGGGUUAUUUUGUGAGAAAGUGAGCUGAAAGGGAGAGGCGGAGAGAAAAAAAAAAAAAGUCUGCUUCUUGCGCAUGAGAGGGGUUGGGAGAUUGAUAUCGUGAGGUGGGUCUUCUUGAUUUCGAGCAUUUGGGGUUGUAUCUGGGUCUGAUUCUUGAGGGCUUUCAUGGAUACCAAAGGAAGACUCGUGGCGGGUUCACACAACCGGAACGAGUUUGUUCUGAUCAAUGCUGAUGAGAUUGGACGAGUGACUUCCGUGAAAGAAUUGAGUGGGCAGAUUUGUCAGAUUUGUGGGGAUGAGAUAGAGAUUACUGUGGAUGGGGAGCCAUUCGUUGCCUGUAAUGAAUGUGCAUUCCCUGUAUGCAGACCCUGCUACGAGUAUGAAAGAAGGGAGGGUAAUCAAGCUUGCCCUCAAUGCAAAACCAGAUACAAACGCAUCAAAGGUAGUCCCAGAGUUGAAGGGGAUGAAGAGGAAGAUGACAUUGAUGAUUUGGAGAAUGAGUUUGAUUUCAGAAGCAAUUACAGUAGGGAUCCUCAUCAGGUUGCAGAGGCUAUGCUCUCUGCUCACCUGAACAUCGGCAGCCAUGCCUAUACUUCAGGGGUUAGUACACCUUUGGAUCUGGAUUCUUCAUCAGUCCCUUCAGGAAUCCCUCUUCUGACCUAUGGCCAAGAUGAUGUCGGGAUUUCCUCUGAUAAGCAUGCCCUUAUCAUUCCUCCAUUCAUGGGGCGUGGAAAACGAGUCCAUCCUAUGCCAUUUCCUGAUUCUUCUAUGUCCUUGCCACCCAGACCAAUGGAUCCUAAGAAAGACCUGGCAGUAUAUGGGUAUGGAAGUGUUGCGUGGAAGGACCGAAUGGAAGAGUGGAAGAAAAAGCAGAAUGAUAAACUUCAGGUUGUUAAGCACCAAGGAGGAAAUGAUGGUGGAAACUUUGAUGAAGAUGAACUGGAUGAUCCUGAUUUGCCCAAGAUGGAUGAAGGCAGGCAACCUCUAUCUAGAAAAAUACCAAUUCCUUCAAGCAAGAUAAAUCCAUACAGAAUCAUAAUUAUACUCCGGCUUGUGAUUCUUGGCUUCUUCUUUCAUUAUAGAAUCCUCCACCCGGUUAAUGAUGCAUAUGCAUUAUGGUUAACAUCAGUUAUUUGUGAAAUAUGGUUUGCUGUAUCAUGGAUACUGGAUCAGUUCCCAAAGUGGUACCCAAUUGAGCGGGAAACAUACCUUGAUAGGCUAUCACUGAGGUAUGAAAAAGAAGGGAAGCCAUCUGAAUUAGCUGAUAUAGACAUAUUCGUUAGUACAGUCGAUCCCAUGAAAGAACCUCCACUUAUCACAGCAAACACAGUUCUGUCUAUCCUUGCGGUGGAUUAUCCAGUCGAGAAAGUUGCAUGCUAUGUCUCAGAUGAUGGUGCUGCCAUGCUCACUUUUGAAGCCCUUUCUGAGACAUCUGAGUUUGCUAGGAGGUGGGUCCCAUUCUGUAAGAAGUUCAGCAUUGAGCCUAGGGCCCCUGAAUGGUACUUUGCUCAGAAGGUUGACUAUCUGAAAGACAAAGUGCAUCCGGAGUUUGUUAGGGAACGUCGUGCAAUGAAGAGGGAGUAUGAAGAGUUCAAAAUUCGGAUAAAUGCAUUGGUUUCUAUGGCCCAGAAGGUUCCUGAGGAAGGUUGGACAAUGCAGGAUGGGACUCCAUGGCCUGGGAACAAUGUCAGGGACCAUCCUGGAAUGAUCCAGGUUUUUCUUGGUCAUAAUGGUGUUCGUGAUGUUGAAGGAAAUGAGUUGCCUCGUCUAGUUUAUGUGUCUCGUGAGAAGAGACCGGGAUUUGAUCACCACAAAAAAGCUGGGGCAAUGAAUGCUUUGAUGCGAGUCUCAGCAAUCAUCUCUAAUGCUCCUUACCUACUGAACGUGGACUGUGAUCACUAUAUAAACAACAGUAAGGCCCUUCGCGAAGCCAUGUGCUUCAUGAUGGACCCCACAUCAGGAAAGAAAAUCUGUUAUGUACAGUUUCCUCAAAGGUUUGAUGGGAUUGAUCGCAAUGAUAGAUACUCAAAUCGCAACGUUGUAUUCUUUGAUAUCAAUAUGAAAGGUUUGGAUGGGAUCCAGGGACCAAUUUAUGUUGGAACUGGUUGUGUCUUCAGACGGCAGGCACUCUAUGGAUAUGAUGCCCCUGUCAAUAAGAAACCCCCAGGAAAGACGUGUAAUUGUUGGCCAAAAUGGUGCUGCUUGUGUUGUGGAUCAAGGAAGAAAAACAAGAAAGUGAAGUCAACUGACAAAAAGAAGAAGAUGAAAAACAGGGAAGCUUCAAAGCAAAUUCAUGCACUCGAAAAUAUUGAAGAGGGAAUUGAAGGAAUAGAUAAUGACAGAUCAUUGCUCAUGCCCCAAGUGAAAUUUGAGAAAAAAUUUGGACAGUCUCCAGUUUUUAUAGCUUCCACGCUUUUAGAAGAAGGUGGUGUUCCAAAAGGAGCAACCACUGCUUCACUUUUGAAAGAAGCCAUCCAUGUCAUUAGCUGUGGUUAUGAAGAUAAAACAGAAUGGGGGAAAGAGGUUGGGUGGAUAUAUGGCUCUGUUACAGAGGAUAUAUUAACAGGAUUCAAGAUGCAAUGCCAUGGUUGGCGAUCAGUGUACUGCAUACCCAAGAGGCCGGCAUUUAAGGGGUCAGCUCCCAUUAACCUGUCAGAUCGUUUACACCAGGUUCUACGUUGGGCACUUGGAUCUGUUGAGAUUUUCUUCAGUAGGUAUUGCCCUAUAUGGUAUGGCUAUGGAGGUGGUUUGAAAUGGUUGGAGCGCUUCUCUUAUAUCAACUCAGUUGUUUAUCCGUGGACAUCCAUUCCCUUGAUUGCCUACUGUACCUUGCCAGCUUUCUGUCUCCUCACUGGGAAGUUCAUUGUCCCCGAGAUUAGCAACUAUGCCAGUAUUAUUUUCAUGGCCCUCUUCAUAUCUAUAGCUGCAACUGGUGUCCUUGAGAUGCAGUGGGGACGGGUUGCCAUAGAUGACUGGUGGAGAAAUGAGCAGUUCUGGGUGAUUGGUGGUGCUUCAUCACAUCUGUUUGCUCUCUUCCAAGGUCUGCUUAAGGUUUUGGCAGGUGUUAACACAAACUUCACUGUUACAUCCAAAGGAGGAGAUGAUGGAGACUUUUCAGAGCUCUACCUUUUUAAGUGGACAUCUUUGUUGAUCCCUCCCCUGACGUUACUGAUCCUGAAUAUAAUUGGAGUCAUGGUUGGGAUUUCAGAUGCCAUCAAUAACGGUUAUGAAGAAUGGGGCCCUCUAUUUGGUAAGCUGUUCUUUGCCUUAUGGGUCAUUGUUCACCUGUACCCCUUCCUCAAGGGGUUAAUGGGGAAACAAGAUAGGCUUCCCACCAUUAUUGUUGUGUGGUCAAUUCUUCUAGCCUCAAUCUUCUCACUUCUAUGGGUCAGAGUCAACCCAUUUGUAUCAAAAGGUGGUAUUGUAUUAGAAGUCUGUGGAUUGGAUUGUGACUAGGAUUACAUGAAAUUUAAAUUUUAGAUGGUUUGAACUAUAUUUAGAAAGGCUGUCUGGGAAUUGCAGAAGAGGGAUGUGUUUUUGAUCGAAGACGAAGCUAUCUCUCAACACUCGCAUGGUUGUGAAUGAGAAUCAUCAGAUGAGUUGAGAUGUGAAGGAAAUGGAGGUGGGGGGGCCGGGGGGUUGUGUAGAUAAAAAGGACUGAGAUAUGACUUGGUUAUUUGUCUUGCAGAAUUUCCAUUCAUUCUUUUUUUCUUUUUUUAUACACGUUGGUUUUGUGGUUGGAUGGGGUUGGAUCAUUCUGUAAUCCCAAAAGGAAUAUACGUUAGAUUUAAUCAUAAAUGUAUCCCCUUCUCAAUAAGGGACUUCUUCAUAUAUAUGGGCUCCUUCAAAUGAUUUUUCU